AUGAGCCAGUCCUACUCCUCCAGCCAGCGGGUCUCUUCCUACCGCCGGACCUUUGGCGGCUCCCCGGUCUUCUCUCGUGCCUCCUUCGGGGGCAAGGGCAGCAGCGGCAGUUCCGUCACCUCCCGCGUCUACCAGGUGUCCCGCACCUCGGCUGUCCCCAGCCUGUCCACCUUCCGCACCACACGCGUGACGCCCCUGCGCUCCUACCAAAGUGCCUACCAGGGUGCCGGCGAGCUGCUGGACUUCAGCCUGGCUGAUGCCAUGAACCAGGAGUUCCUCCAAACCCGCACCAACGAGAAGGUGGAGCUGCAGGAACUCAAUGACCGUUUCGCCAACUACAUCGAAAAGGUGCGCUUCUUGGAGCAGCAGAAUGCCCUCAUGGUGGCCGAGGUGAACCGCCUGCGGGGCAAGGAGCCCACCCGCGUGGCUGAGAUGUACGAGGAGGAGCUGAGGGAGCUCCGGCGCCAGGUGGACCUGCUCACCAACCAACGGGCUCGUGUGGAGGUUGAGCGUGACAACCUGCUCGACGACCUGCAGAAGCUCAAGCAGAAGCUGCAAGAGGAGAUCCAGCUGAAGGAGGAGGCUGAGAACAACCUCGCUGCAUUCAGAGCUGAUGUGGAUGCAGCCACACUAGCACGCAUUGACCUGGAAAGACGUAUCGAGUCCCUGCAGGAAGAGAUCGCCUUCCUCAAGAAGGUGCAUGAGGAGGAAAUCCGGGAGCUGCAGGCACAGUUGCAGGAGCAGCACAUCCAGGUGGAGAUGGACAUCUCCAAGCCUGAUCUGACAGCUGCGCUGCGGGACAUCCGUGCUCAGUACGAGAGCAUUGCAGCCAAGAACAUCGCCGAGGCCGAGGAGUGGUACAAGUCCAAGGUGUCUGACCUGACACAGGCAGCCAACAAGAACAACGAUGCACUAAGGCAGGCCAAACAGGAAAUGCUGGAGUACCGGCACCAGAUCCAGUCCUACACCUGCGAGAUUGAUGCCCUCAAGGGCACGAACGACUCGCUGAUGCGCCAGAUGCGGGAGAUGGAGGAGCGCUUUGCAGGGGAGGCUGGUGGGUACCAGGACACCAUUGCCCGCCUGGAGGAGGAGAUCCGGCACCUGAAGGAUGAGAUGGCUCGGCACCUGCGUGAGUACCAGGACCUGCUCAAUGUCAAGAUGGCCCUGGAUGUGGAGAUCGCCACAUAUCGCAAGCUGCUGGAGGGCGAGGAGAACCGGAUCAGCAUCCCCAUGCACCAGACCUUCGCCUCUGCACUCAAUUUCCGAGAGACCAGCCCAGAGCAGCGGGGCUCCGAGGUGCACACCAAAAAGACCGUGAUGAUCAAAACCAUCGAAACCCGUGAUGGGGAGGUGGUGAGUGAGGCGACUCAGCAGCAGCAUGAAGUGCUGUAG